UAUCUUUCUGGUUAUAUUUGGAGUGACCCCAUUUAAAUUUGAAGUCUUUCUCUGCUGGUAAUCCUCAUUGGAGUCGUAACAAAUUUCUGCAGGAAGCUUUUCUGGUUGAUAUACCAAACGUUUCGACACCGUCUUUCUUGCCAGAGGAAACGGGUAACAGCAACGGAAUGAGUUUGAGACGCCGUCCCUUGCACACUUGCGGGGUAUCGAUCCUUGCAACGGCUUACAGAGCCUACAUGAGAGCACAAGAGUUCAAUGGACCAUCUGGAUUAUCGUUCAAAAGUUUCACCAGAUUAGCCAACAAAAUCAGCCCGUUCGUAUAUUCAGUUCAGUACCAAUGCCUAUCCAUGCUCUCUUUCGCAGACAGUACCAUCCUAUCUGCCGAGGACGUCAUUGAGAAAGUCUUCCCUAAGUCGAGUUAUGUGUUUGACAAGAUUGACGAGCUCGUCCAAUUGAUGGAAGCCCUCCCGGAUAAAAUUGACGUCGUCCUAAACAAAGUGCCGGGUUUCAUCCACCAAUUUCCAUGUCUAGAUUGGGUGUUGGUCCAUGUUGUAUUGUGUUUGACAUUUUGGGUCUCAAUAAUAACCCACUGGGAAUCAACAACCGUGAGAGAGAAAGAUAUCCCAGUCGACGCAAACUGUAAUGAAUGGUGCGACAGAUCAGCGUGCUUAGCUGAUUCAAACCACCCUGCUGAUUCGGAACUGCAUUCUGACAGUGGAAAAACAGGACAGUUUUCUCCAGUGUCCAAAGCCGAAGGUAAGACAAGAGGUACAGCUGCUGACAACCAUGAAAAGGGCUCAUACAAGGAGGUUCUGGAGAAGGGGAUGAAGGAAUCAUACAAGGACGUUCUAGAGAAGGGAAUGAGGGAAGAAGUACAAGUAGGAGGAAAAAAAGAUAGUUUGGAAGGCGAGAACAAAAUCAUUGAAGUCAAAACUCAAGAUCAUGGCAAAAUAGGGGAGGAAUCAUCCGACGAUCCCAUCUUGGAGUUAUUCGAGUCAGCGUGGCUCAAGAAACCGGCAAUGUCUACAUAAAGUAUUGAAUAGGCUUAUUUGAUAUACAAACAUACUAGUCUCCUGUUGAUAUAGAACCAUUUGGCAUUUCCGCCAGAAAUUCAUAACCACAUAAUACAAUGAGCGUUUGUAUUUGCGAUCUGCACAAAGAAUCAUGUUAGUGUAUUUGACAGGA